GAUGGUCUCCACGUGACAAAUAUCCAACGUGAUUCAGGAGAGAAAAAUCAAAAGGCGUUUCGUUUCAGGACGGUAAAUGGCAGCGAGCCUCAAGCUUUGUUUUCUUUGGUCGUCUUCACAAACAGUAUGGUCAAGAAAGUCAGCAGAACUUGACAAAGGUUCCCUGAGCUGUACAUGUUCUGUUUCCUGAGAUUCUAGAAGCUCCUGGACUGAAAUACAAUGAGGUUUCAUGUGUACAAUCUGGUCCUGUUGGGAUUAACUUGCGUCAUCUCCGAAUACGGUCCAAACCAGAGAGCACAGAAGAAAGGAGACAUCAUACUAGGAGGACUUUUUCCUAUUCAUUUUGGAGUGACGGCAAAAGAUCAGGAUUUAGCAUCAAGGCCAGAAUCUACAGAGUGUGUGAGGUAUAACUUUCGAGGAUUCCGCUGGUUGCAAGCUAUGAUAUUUGCUAUUGAAGAAAUAAACAACAGCAGCACCCUUCUCCCAAACAUCACCCUGGGCUACAGGAUAUUCGACACCUGCAACACUGUGUCCAAAGCCCUGGAGGCCACCUUGAGCUUCGUGGCUCAAAACAAAAUCGACUCCCUGAACCUGGAUGAGUUCUGUAACUGCUCAGAGCACAUCCCCUCCACCAUAGCUGUGGUGGGAGCCACAGGGUCUGGAAUUUCAACCGCAGUAGCCAACCUGCUGGGACUGUUCUACAUCCCGCAGGUUAGCUAUGCGUCCUCCAGUAGACUUCUGAGCAACAAGAACCAGUAUAAGUCUUUUCUGCGGACCAUUCCUACUGAUGAGCACCAGGCAACGGCCAUGGCUGACAUCAUAGACUACUUCCACUGGAACUGGGUGAUAACGAUUGCUGCAGACGAUGACUACGGCCGACCGGGAAUUGAGAAGUUUGAACAAGAGGUUAGCGAUCGAGAUAUCUGCAUUGACUUUGGCGAGCUCAUCACGCAGUAUUCUGACGAGGAGCACAUCCAGGGGGUCGCUGACCGCAUCCAGAACUCCUCAGCGAAGGUCAUCGCUGUGUUCUCGAGCGGCCCAGAUCUGGAGCCUCUGAUCAAGGAGAUUGUCCGGCGGAACAUCACUGACCGGAUCUGGCUGGCGAGUGAGGCGUGGGCCAGCUCUUCUCUCAUCGCCCUGCCAGAGUUUUUCCACGUGGUCGGCGGCACCAUCGGGUUCGCCCUCAGGGCUGGACAAAUACCCGGCUUCCAGCAGUUUUUGCAACAAGUGCAGCCCACAAAAUCUUCACACAAUGGGUUCGUCAGGGAGUUUUGGGAAGAAACCUUCGAUUGCUCUCUGGGCGGCAGUUCUGACUCCAAAACCACAGGGCCUUUGACCAGACGUCAUAUGGAACCAUCUCAGAGUGGAAACAAAAGUGUGAACGUCAGGCCCCUUUGCACAGGAGAGGAAAACAUCACCAGUGUGGAGACCCCCUACUUGGACUUCACUCACCUGCGGAUCUCCUACAACGUGUAUGUGGCUGUGUACUCCAUUGCCCAUGCCUUGCAGGACAUCCUCACCUGCACCCCUGGGAAAGGCCUCUUUACUAAUGGCUCAUGCGCAGACAUUAAGAAAGUUGAAGCGUGGCAGGUCCUAAAACAACUGAGGCACUUAAACUUCACAAAUAGCAUGGGAGAGCAGGUGGACUUCGACGAGAGUGGGGACCUGCUCGGGAACUACACCAUUAUCAACUGGCACCGCUCGCUAGAAGACGGCUCAGUUGUGUUCGAAGAGGUUGGCCUCUACAACAUGAAUGCUAAAAAAGGGGAGAGACUCUUUGUUGAUGAAAGAAAAGUACUAUGGAACGGAUUUGUCAGAGAAGUGCCGUUUUCAAACUGCAGUAUGGACUGUGAGCCAGGCACCAGAAAAGGGAUCAUCGAGGGGGAGCCUACCUGCUGCUUUGAGUGUGUGGAGUGUCCUGAAGGGGAGUACAGUGAUGAAACAGAUGCAAGCGAGUGCUUUAAGUGCCCUCCUGACUCCUGGUCCAAUGAAAACCACACAUCCUGCAUUCUCAAGCAGAUCGAGUAUCUUUCCUGGACCGAACCCUUUGGAAUAGCGUUGACCCUGUUUGCCGCACUGGGGAUUUUUCUGACCUCCUUUGUAUUGGGAGUUUUUGUGAAAUUCCGUAACACUCCCAUUGUGAAGGCCACCAACAGGGAGCUCUCCUACCUCCUCCUGUUCUCACUCAUCUGCUGCUUCUCCAGCUCCCUGAUCUUCAUCGGCGAGCCCAAAGACUGGACCUGCAGGCUUCGCCAACCGGCCUUCGGGGUCAGCUUUGUGUUCUGCAUCUCCUGCAUCCUGGUGAAGACCAACCGAGUCUUGCUGGUCUUCGAGGCGAAAAUACCCACCAGCCUUCACCGGAAAUGGUGGGGUCUGAAUCUCCAGUUCCUCCUGGUUUUUCUUUGCACGUUUGUGCAGAUCAUGACCUGCGUGAUUUGGCUUUACAAUGCACCCCCAUCGAGCUACUGGAACAGUGAGCUGGAGGAUGAGAUCAUUUUUAUCACCUGUAACGAGGGCUCCCUGAUGGCUCUUGGCUUCCUGAUAGGCUACACCUGCCUCCUGGCAGCUGUCUGUUUUUUCUUCGCCUUCAAGUCCCGCAAACUCCCCGAGAACUUCAACGAGGCCAAGUUCAUCACUUUCAGCAUGCUCAUCUUCUUCAUCGUCUGGAUCUCCUUCAUCCCUGCCUACGUCAGCACCUACGGCAAGUUUGUGUCGGCCGUGGAGAUUAUCGCCAUCCUUGCCUCCAGCUUCGGGCUGCUGGCCUGCAUCUUCUUCAACAAGAUCUACAUCAUCCUGUUCAAGCCUUCGAGGAACACGAUCGAGGAGGUGCGGUGCAGCACAGCCGCUCACGCCUUCAAAGUGGCAGCCAGGGCCACUCUGCGGAGGAAUACGGUGUCGCGGAAGAGGUCCAAUAGCAUCGGCUCCUCCGUCUCCACACCCUCAUCCUCCAUGAGCUGCAAGAGCAAUGCCGAAGAGCCUUCCUCCCCCACAGCGCGGCAGAAAGGCUGCAAGCAGAAGGUCAGCUUCAGCAGCGGGACUGUCACCCUCUCCCUCAGCUUCGAGGAGUCCAGGAAGAACUCUGUGCCCUGCAAGAACAUGAGGAGGAAGAACUCUCUGGAAGCCAAAAACAGUGACGACAGUCUGAUGAGACACAAGGCCUUGCUUCCUCUUCAGAACAGCGAGGCAGGGAGCGACGCCAGCUUCAGGACAGCCAGCAACAACCCGUCUCAGGAGUCGGUCGGGGAAGCCAAAAAAGAAGAAACCCCGAAUUCUGAAGAAACAGCUUCCUUCCCAUCGGUGAACUCUGUACAUUUUGAUACCAACUUUUCUUAAUAUAGCGGAAGAAGAUGGGAAAGACAUCUCCCCGUAGUCCUGAACUGUGUAAAUAAGCUUCUGUUUCUGAAUAUUAUUAUACACAAAGUUCUGCCUUAGAACAACUGUAUUGCUUUGGAUGUUCUCAAAAGGUUUUGACUGAACAGACAAAGGCAGUGUCAUACAUGUUUAAUACCCUGCAGCUGAGUGUAAUAAUCCGAGUUUCAGACCAGGGUUAUCUUCUAUCUGUGGAGGAAACAGAAUAUAUGAUACGUGUAUGUGUGCAGUGCUUUUAAUGCAUAUUGGAGCCAGCUUUUGAUUCCACUAAAAUUCCACUGUUUUAUGACACUAAAAUUCUGGAGGGGCUGCAUGUAAAAAGAUAUGUGGAUAUAAUCCAACAAUCUGACUGGAUAAUAAGCAUUCAAUAAUAUUUUUUUAUUCAUUUCACGAGUAAAAUAACACACUUUGUGAGUAAGUGAAGAUUUUGUGAUGUGAUUGACCAAGAAGGUCAAUCACAUCACGUAUGGUAUUUCAAAGCAGUAUCAAGGGCGAUUCAUUUGUGUUUAUUUGUUUGAUCCAUUUUACAAAAAAAAUCAUAUUUUUUAAGCAAUUUGAGUUUCCGUAUAUACUUGUAUAUAAAGAAUAUUUUUUAAUUAUAAUUGUAUGGGGUUUAGAUUUGAAAAAGUACUGAAAAUGUACUUAUUACAACAGACUGAAUAUUGGCAUUGAUUGUUCUUCAAACAUGAAUAGAUUAGUGCAGCUAAAUUCUCUAUUCCAUCAAGACAAGAUAUGAUUUUGAUGCGUUAUUAAAAUAAUUAAAAUGUAGGGCUUUGAUGGAUUAGAAAAAAAUGGGAUGAUUAAUCUGGUCCACCUGAGUGCGGUAUCAAAAAACAGUGUGGGGAAAAAAUACAUCUUGAAAAAUGGCGAAGGGUACUUCUAAAGACCAGGGCAAAAGGGCAACUGGAAGGUGUGUCAGAAUGAAGAGAGAAAGACUGCAACUUGCAGCAUUUUAUCAUCCGUGCUUUCCUUUCACAGCAGUGCUACAAGUUUAUCGUAUCGUCUUAGUUGCAAGUAAGCUGGGUUUUCUUUUUAUCCAUCAUAUUUCUUUCAAACGGUAGCAGAACAUGAACAGUUACUGUAUAUAGCAUGCAAUCAAUUCUUCAGCUAACCUAAAUAAAAUAGCACUCAGUAAGUUACCUUUGUUAGCCUGAAACAUGAAAGCUUACAGUGUGUAGAAAAAUGGAUCUGUUAAAUAGAGUAUUGAAGGUUGUUGUGCAACUGGUAAUUUACAGUAAUAUAUAUAUAUAUAUAUAUACACUCUUUUUGUUAAUAUAUACAUUCUUUUUGUAUGUUUAAUCUUUUUCUUUUAGACAUGGCAUUUAGCUGAAGGAAACACAGGCAGGCAGUACAGCUAAAAGAAUGUCAGGUCACUAAAAGGGAUUACUUGUAAUUGUCUUUUAAUACAGUUUCAUGUCAUGAGCAAACAAGUGUGAUUAAUCGAUUAAUAGAUUGUAGAUCGGAUGAUUAAUCAGUCAAUAAAUGUCAAGAUUAAAACCACUAAUUAAAUGUAAUGCAUACAUCAACAGUUAAUAAGAAAUGGUAUAUAUAUAUAUAUUGAUAGUGUAUUCUCAGUAGGACCUCCUGGUAAAUUAGCAUUGGCAUUUUGAGCCUAAAAGUUGGUAGUGCAGUAGUUUACAAAUAUACAAAUCCAAGGAAAGAGACUGAUAAAAUAUGUUAGUCCACAAUGUGUAUCUGAACUACAGGGGUGAAAACCAGUUUCAUUUUCUAUGUAAAAACAUAUCAUAAGCACUCCAAAACCAGAAAACAUGCUGUAAAUACACCUUUCAAAGCU